CCCAUCCCUUCAUACUCCCAAUAAAUAACUGAGAUGAAGCAUCACAGUUCCUCGAAGCCAAGCAAUUGCAGCAGCAUGGAGAUGGAGAGUUCUAUGCUCAGAGAAGAGCCUCAUAUCUCCAGCUCUCACAUGAGGCAGCUAAGCUCAUUAAGAUCCCACACCAAUGCUCCAGCGAUCAUUGUCGGAGACCACGGCCUUUCGAAAACCCGCAAAGCCAAGAAGCAAGUUAGGAGAAGAUUGAACACCAGCAGGCUGAUGAACAUGGCAGAAGCAAGAAGAGAGAUUGUAACAGCUCUCAAGUUCCAUAGAGCAGCCAUGAAAAGAGCAAGCGAGCAACAACAGAAGGAGAAACUCAUGUAUCAGCAGUCACUAUUGCCGCUUUCACAAAAACCUGAUGCUUCUUACUCCCCUCCCUUCUCUUCUUCUUCUUCUUGGACGUCUCCUCUGUUUACUCCCCUGCCUAUUUCAGAUAAACUUUUCAGUUUCCCUAUCCCUAACCAGCCAUUGGGCCUAUGCCUCAAUCUCCAUAGCUUCAAAAAUGUUGAAACUACCCUUUCCUGCAACACCAAACCUCCUAUCGUUCAGCAACCAACAUCGUCAUCAUCAUCAUCAUCAACAUCUUCUUCUUCCUCUUCUACUGCCGACCCGAUGCUGCAUCGAGUUAUGGGAGAUGAGGAGAUGGAGGAGAUUAGAUUGAUAAGCGAGAAGCAUGAUAUUGAGUGGAACGACAUAAUGAAUUCCGUGAAGACAGCUUGGUGGAGCAAGUUUUCAAAUGUGUUGGAGGCCAAUGAUGGCGAUGAUGCCAGCAAAGGGGAUGCAUUUCAGAUGUUCUGUGGGGUGAUGGAGAUACCAGCUUGGCUUAGUGAUGGAUCAGAGAUGAAUUGCCGCCUCUCAGAGAAUCAAGAUUCUAUUUUGCCAUGUCUGGAAAUUGGUGAGAUUGAAGAGCAGGAGGAAGACUGGUUUGGGCUAUUAAUGAUCCAUAAGCUUUGAUGAGUUACUAGAGAUCUCUGACGGGACCGUUUGUACAUGUAAAUCUUGUAAAUUUUGAUUUUUUUAAAAUAUGGAAUAAACAUUG